AUGAUGCCUAACCUCGAAGGCUACUUGAAACUAGUCAAGAUCAUCGAUUUUGACAUCAAUGAGUAUAUAGACAAGCUCAAAGAAGAUGAUGUCCCAGUCGUUGGUCUUUCUGUUUCGGGUGGUGGCACUCAGUCUGGACUAGGUGGCCUUGGUGUCUGGAAGGCCUUUGAUGCUCGUUCCGAUGCAGCCAUCGCUGCUCGUACUGGAGGCCUGACACAGCUCCUUUCCUAUAUCACUGGUCUCUCGGGUGGCGGUGCUGUCACUGUCUCUCUCCUCGCGGCAAACAACUUCACUACGACAGACAACAUUCAAAAGACCACCAACUUCUCAACUUCUUACGCUGAAGGACCUGAUGGUAACCAGACAGACUUCUUCAAUACCAUCUUUGAAAACGCCGGUGCCAAAGAUGAAGCCGGCUUCCCAGUGUCUGUAGCAGAUACCUUUGGCCAGUUCUGGGGAACAUGGCUCCCCGAGAAUCAAUUGUUCAGUAACUACUCCGAUAUUGCCAACAAUGGCACAGCUUUUGCCAUGGGCGAUGCUCCCAUGCCUGUCAUGUGCUUUGCAGAGGUUGUACCUGGCAAAUCUCCCGAGAUCGGAAAGCUCAUGUACCCAACUCUUAACACUUCCAACCUCUUCAACCUGACCGCUUAUGAAGUUACACCCUACGAGUUUGGAUCUUGGGCUGGUGGUCGUGUGCAAGCGUUUAUACCAACCAAGUAUCUCGGCACAUCCAUGUCUGACGGCAAACCACAGAACAGAAGCGAGUGCGUCGAAGGUUUUGAUAAACUUACUCUCAUGCAAGGAACUACCACAAACGCUUUCACCGCAUGGUUCAUUGACUCCUUCUACGGGGUUCCGAUAUUUGCGAAGCGUUGGUUGGAGAAGAGACAAAAGGCGAACCCUGAUAUUAACGAUGUUCCUAUCCCGGCUGAUGAAGACGAUAAUCCGCUGGUGCAACUGGUCAAUCAGACGGCUUUAUACUUUGACUUGACCUUUAACCAGUCACUGUGGGCGACUUAUCCUAAUCCAUUCGAGGAUUACAACGUCGAUAUGAAGGAUGUUUCGGAGCUUCUACUUAUCGAUGGAAGUUUGUCUCUAGACACCAACCCACUCCGUCCAUUAAUCAUUCCCGAGCGAAAGCUUGAUUUGAUCAUUGUCUAUGAAGCAUCAUCUGACGCGCCCAACUCAUGGAAUAAUGGAACAAACCUGAGACGUAAGUCGCACAAACCCUUGGUCAAGAUCAAUACUGACAUGUCAGACACUGCCCUCGCUGCCUCUCAAGGUGACAUCCCCUUUCCCGAAAUUCCUGAUGUCAACACCAUUGUUGCCCAGAACCUCUCUUUCCAGCCCACUUUCUUUGGAUGCAACGCCAGCGAAGAUACUCCUCUUCUUCUCUGGCUACCCAACGCGCCAUGGACAGGCUACACCAACUACUCCUACACACAAUCAGAGUUCACCUCAGCCCAGCUCGACAUUGCUUUUGAGAAUGCCUUCCAAGUAGCUACAUACGGUAACGGAAGCGUUGAUGAGAAUUGGCCCGCAUGUCUUGCUUGUGCGGCUAUCAAGGGCUCCUUACGAAGGGUGGAUAUUAAUCUGCCCAAGCAGUGUGAUGAGUGUUUCAGCAAGCAUUGCUGGAAUGGAACGACAAGUUCACGAAAGGCCACUGCUGCUGACUUUGACCUGAAGCCUAGACUUGAUCCUGGGCUGACGUUUGAGAAGUGGAACUCCAGCGAUUGGUAUGGCGAAUCGAGGACUAACGGUAGCAGUGGGGAUAGCAAAGGAGAUAACUCUGCUGGAGCCAAGGUUGGAAAUAAUGCUAUUGGCCUCGUUCUGUCUGUAGCCGCGAUGGUUUAUAUUCUGUAG